GGGAGAUGAGUGCCUGCGGGAGGAAGGCCCUGACCCUGCUGAGCAGCGUCUUUGCCGUCUGCGGCCUGGGCCUCCUGGGCAUCGCCGUCAGCACCGACUACUGGCUGUACCUGGAGGAGGGCGUGGUCCUGCCCCAGAACCAGAGCACAGAGAUCAAGAUGUCCCUGCACUCCGGCCUGUGGCGUGUCUGCUUCCUGGCAGGUGAGGAGCGCGGACGCUGCUUCACCAUAGAGUAUGUGAUGCCUAUGAACUCUCAGCUGACGUCCGAGUCCACGGUCAACGUUCUAAAAAUGAUCCGCUCGGCCACACCCUUCCCUCUGGUCAGCCUCUUCUUCAUGUUCAUCGGGUUUAUCCUGAGCAACAUCGGGCACAUCCGACCCCACAGGACAAUACUGGCCUUUGUCUCUGGCAUCUUUUUCAUCCUCUCAGGCCUCUCUCUCGUGGUGGGCCUGGUGCUCUACAUCUCCAGCAUCAACGACGAGAUGCUCAACAGGACCAAGGAUGCAGAGACCUAUUUCAACUACAAGUACGGGUGGUCGUUUGCCUUCGCUGCCAUCUCCUUCCUCUUAACGGAGAGUGCUGGGGUGAUGUCCGUGUACUUGUUCAUGAAGAGGUACACCGCCGAGGACAUGUACAGGCCUCACCCCGGCUUUUACCGCCCACGUCUGAGCAACUGCUCCGACUACUCGGGCCAGUUCCUGCACCCAGAUGCCUGGGUCCGGGGCCGCAGCCCGUCCGACAUCUCCAGCGACGCCUCCCUGCAGAUGAACAGCAACUACCCAGCUUUGCUCAAGUGCCCCGACUAUGACCAGAUGUCAUCCUCCCCGUGCUGAGCCUCGCCCG